CAAAGAGAGGCAGAGUGAGACCGGAUUGCCGUAAACCUGAUAUCAGUGCAAUGCAUCACAUCUUAAUUGGAGAAGGAGACAAACAGGAAGGAGGAAGAAGGAAGAGGUAAAUAAGAGAGAAGAAGGAUGAGGUGUAGGUGAGGAGGGUGGAGUUAAGAAAAUACUGAAGGUGGACAAACAGAGAGCAGCACAUUGAUCCCCUGAGCCUGACAAAUCACCAGAGAAAAACAAAGACAAUGAAGAUCUGAGCAGCAAGGCUGAACCCGGACUCCACAUUCAGCUGGAAGGAUGUGAAAAGUGCCUGACUGUGUGAAGGUGGGAAACAUGAGCCUGAAAUAACAGGAUCAAACAUUUUCUUUGGGAUAUAGGACACAAACUGAAGGGAGCUGAGGAUGUCUUCAUUAUCAGAAGCAGACUUCCGCUGCAACCACGGAGAUACAAUUUGUGAGAUCCGUGUGUAUGAGCAGGAGGUGAUCGUUGUGCCCAUCUUGCUGCUGUCCAGCUUCUUGGUCACUCUUGUCUUCAUUAUCCUGCUACGCUAUUGUCCGGAGAGAGUUGAUCGCAUCCGUCCACAGGCCACAAAGGCGCCCACCAGGAGAGUGCUGCAUGGGAUUGAUGCUCCACCAGGUAUCAAUGUCCUGGAACAUGAAAGCAUUGCUCUGGACAUGCCCAGUUCCUACUCCACCUUCCACCCCCCGAACACUUACCCCUCCAAAAACCUCUCCAUGCCUGUGGCCACACCUUCUUUCCCACCCAGCCCCCCACCGCAGCCCUUCACUCACCAACCCAGUUUCACUCCCAUUGUCCAGGCCAGAGAGCUGCCCCGCCAGAGGCUGCCCGAGUCCUUCAAUCUGGUCUCCCCUCUGCCUACUUCCUUCUCCCUGCGCUCCGACUCCUCUGUGUCCCUCUACAGGGCACGCAUGGAAAACAGGAAUGUGGUGCUGCGAGUUCUAAAUGACUCUGCUGAUGCCACAGAAAGACACAACUUCCUGGGAUUUGCAUCCUUCUUGGCUCAGCUGGGACCACAUCCCUUCCUGCCAGAGCUUCUUGGUGUGGUCUCACUUCGAGCUCCUCUGGUUACAGUUGUGGAAGAGCUGGAGAACAGAGACAUGCUCAGCUUUCUGUGGCGAUGCAGACAGGAAAAGGUGGAUCCUCCAUGUGAGAUGACUGAGAGAAGAAUAUUCUCUAUGGCCAAACAGGUGGCCUCAGCACUGGAGUUCCUUCACAGCAAAGAUCUUCUCCACGGAAACAUUCGUGCCCGUAGCGUACUGGUCACCAAGGAGUUCACAGCCAAGCUUUGGGGUCUGCAUGGGGUCUACACAAGGAAGAACCAGGGAGCCACUCAGAAAGAUGAUCCCAGCAUGAAGAAAUGGCAGGCACCAGAGCUGUUAGCCAAGAGACCAGCUGGUCAGAGCAGCGACAUCUGGUCCUUUGGCAUCUUACUGUAUGAAAUGGCAACAUUGGGUGAUGCUCCGUUUGCAGACAUCUCAGUUAAUGAGCUUCUGCAGUUUCAUCAACGAGGGAAAAAUCUGAAAAAACCUUCAAACUGUUCCAACGCGCUAUACUCCAUCAUUAAGGGUUGUUGCCAGUGGAAGGAUCAAGAUCGACCCUCUCUGGAUGAAGUGAGCCGAAAGCUCCUCUCAGGAGAGAAAAGUGCCUCUGAAAAAGUCCUCAAGGUGUCAGGGACAGUUAACAUUGAGCAGUACCUGCAGCAGGCAGGAUAUGGGGAAACCAACAGCUACACCGUUUUCUGAUCAGUGCCCGUGCCAGCAAAAUAAACUGCACUAUUCUCCCCAGUGGUACCCCAAAGAUGCAC